AUGGCUGACAAAAAGCAGGAUUUGCAGGACGUGCCACGCUACUGGGUGCGCAUAACACUUACGUCUGCUGCAGUAAGACCUCUGGAAAAAGUUGCUGAAGAUGUACAAAGCCGUGCAAAAGACAAGAACCUGAAAAUCAAAGGACCUAUUAGGCUGCCCACAAAGACUCUCAGGAUAACUACACGCAAAACGCCAUGUGGUGAGGGAUCAAAGACCUGGGAUCGCUACCAAAUGCGCAUCCACAAGCGCAUACUGGAUCUGUUCUCGAAUUCGGAGACUGUGUCGCAGCUUACCCUCUACGACUUGGAUCCGAUGGUUCACGCAGAAGUUAAGAUCGAAGGUGGUGCUGCCUAA